AUGAUCCUGCGGCACCAUAUUCGCCAUGCCGUCCGAUGUUUCAGCUCCUCAGCAUCGUCGUCCGCGGCAUACGUCUCUAAUAUUGGGAAAACACCAAUACGCUUUCCGACGGGCGUGACGCUGACGCCGACACCAACUGCACUCUCUGUACAAGGUCCUCUCGGGACGACUGCAGUACCUCUACAGCCUUACAUGCAACUUACGUUCACGGACCCAAACACAGUCGCCUUGGCUGUGGAGGAGCCCAAGGAGAAGAAGCAGCGCUCAAUGUGGGGGCUCACCCGCACGCUCAUCCACAACGCCAUCGUGGGCAUGACGGAGGGCUUCACCGUGCCGCUCUACCUGGUCGGAGUGGGUUACCGUGCGGCACUGGAGGAAGAUCCACGCGGGCCCGGCGACGGCCGCAGCGGGCAGCGGCUGAACAUGAAGCUGGGGUUCUCGCACCCAGUGUUCGUGUCGGUGCCGGAUCACAUCAAGGCUGAGGUGCCUGCGCCGACGAAGAUCGUACUGAGCUGCACAGACAAGCAUCUGCUCGGGUUGUUCGCAGCAAAGGUCAGGAAGUGGAGACCACCAGAGCCGUACAAGGGCAAGGGUAUUUUCGUCGGUGAGGAACGGGUCAGAAUCAAGUCGGUGAAAAAGAAGUAGGCGCGGAAGUGUUUGUCCGCGUUCUUCUUACAGUCAUGUUGGACCACCACGUCUGUGUCAGUGCUAUCUCUUUUCCUAUAGGAUUAUAACGAGCACGCCCAUGGCCUCUGGUAGAGUGAGGUUUCACGCUCAAUUCGCGUGUACAUUACGUACGAUAAUGAACACCAUGCUGAACCAC